AUGUUCAACUUCAAACUUCUCCUCUUCAGCCUCCAAGCAUUUCUCACCCUCUCAAACGCUGCAGCAUCACCAUACCCACAAUCCUCAGCAAACACCCCCGCCGCUCUAAACGCCUGCCUCGCCGACAAAAAGGUUCCCUACAUCCCACGCGACUCUGCCCAAUGGACAAAGGAAAUAAAGCCUUACAAUCUGAGACUCCCAUUCGAUCCUGCUGCGAUCGCUCUUCCUACCACCGUCAACCACAUCCGCGACGCCGUCAAGUGCGGUAACCAGUACAAGGUCCGCGUUAGUGCGAAAAGCGGCGGCCAUAGCUAUGGCUCUUUUGGGUACGGUGGUGAGAAUGGACAUUUGGUUAUUGUUGUGGAUGCGAUGGAUAAGGUGACUCUGAACAAGGACAUGAGUUGCAAUAUUCAGGCGGGCGCGAGGUUGGGACAUGUCGCUACUGAAUUGUUCCAGUUUGGGAAGAGAGCCAUUGCUCAUGGGUCGUGCCCUGGUGUCGGCAUCGCUGGUCAUGCUCUCCAUGGAGGAUAUGGCUUCGCCUCACGAACCUACGGCCUCACCCUCGAUAGAUUCAUCGGCGCAACCAUCAUUCUCGUUAACGGCACAAUCCGAUACACAGCAGACUGGGAGAUGCCCGACCUAAACUGGGCUCUUCGCGGUGCCGGUUCCUCCUACGGUAUCGUCGCAGAGCUUGACUUCCAGACUUUUGCAGCGCCCGAGACAGUCACUCCGUUCAACAUCGAACUGGACUGGAACGAGAAGCAGGCUGUAGAAGGCUUGUUGGCUCUACAGAAGUUUGGAGCGACGGCGCCGAAAGAACUGAAUAUGCAGAUUUAUAUGGCGCCGACUGGGCAGACGAUUCAAGGUGUUUACUAUGGUACGCGAACUGCCUUGAACACAGCAUUGAAGCCUCUGCUGGGAGAUCUGGGUGCUCAGAUCACUACGGCAAGUACGGGAGGAUGGAUUCAGAUGUUGAACAAGUACGCAAAUGGUCAAGCGCUCGAUCAAAGACGUCCUUACGAUCAGCACAGCACCUUUUACAGUACCAGCCUCAUGACCAAAGCCCUCACCCGCACCCAAGUCCAAUCCUUCACCCGAACCCUCUACGACAACAUCAACGACCCCGACGCACGCCACACAACAUGGUACAUCCUAAUCGACCUCUUCGGCGGACCCAACUCAGCCAUCACCAACGCCAAAAACCUCUGGACCGACGCACCCCUCAACAGCGCCUUCCCACACCGCGACAAGUUACUGCUCUACCAGUUCUCCGAUCACGGGAACUAUGCCACGCAUGCGAACAAUGGGUUCACCUUGCUGAAGCGGUUCAGGGAGAGUGUGACGAAGGGGAUGGCGGAUGGAGAUUGGGGUAUGUAUGCGAACUACUUGGAUACGCAGCUUGGGAAUGAGGAGGCGACUAAGAGAUACUAUGGGAAGAGUUUGCCGAGGUUGAGACAGUUGAAGAAGGAGUAUGAUCCGAAGGAUAUGUUCUGGAAUCCCCAGGGUAUCAGACCUGCUUAG